GAGUUCUAUAAUAAGCAUACGCAAAUUGUCGUUUGACACAGACGCAUACCAGUUAAAGACUUCCGUUUCGUUUUAAAUAUGAGAAUAAUUCAUCUCAGCAUAUUAUUUUUGAUAUUGUUCCAGUUCAUAUGUGUGUGUCGUUCGGAAUGCAAGCAAUACUACGUAAUAUUUAAACAAGACGUAUUCCACAGGUUCUCUAUACCUUUUACAGCAUCCGAAGAAAAUGUAAUUUGGGACGCCAUAGCUACAGCUUCAAACAACACAAUAAGCAAAGAGUGUAUUAUACAAUUACAUGGUUGCUCCGUAAUCCAACAAUGUUUACCUAUAUAUAAGCCUAGCAAGAUAGACGGCAUUCACAUGACAAUCAUAGAUAAUGCUACUACAGACAGAAUAGAAACAAAUGUAACAACAGACGAUAUAUCUUACACCACUGAAAAAAAUGAUCCUAUUAAAAAUAUAACGAGUGAUAUAACAGAAGAUUUAGUAACUAAUAAAACAGUGAAAAUGGACCCGAUUACAAAUUUAACAAGUGUUGCACCAGAAGAUAUAACUAAUACUACUGAAAUAACGUACAAAAAGCUAACAGAUUUUCAAACCGAAGAAGAAGCAAGUAAUAGAACUCAGAUGGAUCCAUUCACAAAUACAACAAGUGUUACAACGCAAGAUAUAACUAAUACUACUGAUUUAAUAAGGUUUACAACAGAACGAAUACUUUACACUCCAGCAAAAGUGGAUCCAAUUGCAAAUGUUACAACAGAAUAUAUAACUAACACUAGUGAAAAAAUAAUAGCCGGCGAUGACGCAAGUAAUACUACUGCUACUAUAACUGUUGACAAAGAUAUAAAUACAACUGAAACGCCUUCCUCCAAACCACCAAGCCAAGAAGUAUUUAACGCUACUGAAAAACAACACACUAAACACCUCCCAAUCAGCGAAGUUACUACUCCAGCUCCUAGUAAUGAGACGUAUUUCAAGUCUUUGUUUUUAAAACAUGAACGGAAUAAGAAGACGGCGAUAAUCGUAGCGGGAGUUGUGGCUGGUAGUUUGGGCACGGCGGCUGUUACAUAUUUCAUUGCGAGAAAAAUUGAAGGUCUUCUAAAGUCGGACGUCUAUCGUUUUCCCGAAUAGUGAUAUAUUCAGUGAGCAUCGAAAUAUUUUAAAGACAAAUCGCUUGUAUCACUUUAGAAGUAAGUAUUUUUAUUUUAUUGUAAGAGAAAUUGUUUUAAUGAAGGAUGAUCAAGAAAGGAUAAAAGAUCUUGAUUU